AUGUUAUCUCAAGAUUUUGAACUAAUGAAACCAUGGUGUGCUCUUCAAUCCUAUCAAGAUAUGACUAGACCAUUAACCGACUACUUCAUUAGCACUUCACAUAAUACGUAUUUAUUUAAUUCUCAAGUAAUGGGUGAUAGUAAUCCGGAAGCUUAUAAUCGAGUAUUACGUGCUGGUUGUCGUGCUGUUGAACUUGAUUGUUAUGAUGGUGAAAAUGGACAACCUAUAGUGAAACAUGCUCAUACAUUGGUCAAACCAUGUCUUUUCGAAUCGAUCAUUCGUUCGAUAAAGCCAAAUCUUUUCAGCAAAUCACCAUAUCCUGUAGUUCUUGAUCUUGAAAAUCAUUGUUCAUUGGAGCAACAACAAGAAAUGGCUCGUAUCUUAGAAGAAAUUCUUGGUGAUCAUUUGAUCAAUAAACCAUUAUCUGAAGAAUAUUCAAUAGUUUUACCAUCACCAGAAGAACUCAAAUACAAAGUGCUUGUUCGAAUAAUUCAAAAGCGUCUAAGUGAGCUCUUUGUCUACCUUCAAAAUGUUCCCUUUCGUGAAUAUAAAUAUGCCAAAGCCAAUUACGUCUGUUAUCACUCGCCAAAUGUCGUCGAGAACCAUUUUGGACGAGUAGUACGAGAUGAACCCGCUAGUAUAGUUAAACAAACAGCUAAGACAUUAUGUCGUUUGUAUCCUAGAGGAAUUCGACAGGACUCAAGCAAUCUUGAUCCUAUAGUUCCAUGGAACUUUGGUGUACAAAUGGUUGCAUUAAAUUUUCAAAAAGAUGAUAAAAUAAUGGCACUAUGCUACGGAAAAUUUUCUGACAAUGGUGGUUGUGGUUAUGUGCUCAAACCAAAUUAUUUGAUUGAUACAAGUCUAAAAACAUUCAAUCCAAUUGAUUAUCAAACAAGACCAUCAAAUUUGUCAGAAGAUGGUUUUGAACAAUCACAAACAUUAAUUAUUACUAUUAUUAGUGCUCAGUUUUUGUCACGAACAAAUUCAAAAAGUAAUGAUGUACCCGAUCCGUAUGUUGAAGUAUCAACACAUGGAAUGCCAUGUGAUCAACAAGCUCAGCAAACAAGUGUUGUGAAGAAUAAUGGACUCAAUCCGAUUUGGAAAGAAACAUUUCAAUUUCAAAUAAGUUUUCCAGAAAUUUGUCUUGUUCUAUUUACUGUUUAUGAUCAUGAUGUUCUAAGUAAGGAUGAUCGAUUAGUGCAUUUUUGUUUGCCAAUGAAAACAAUGCAGAGAGGAUUUCGUCAUAUGCGAUUACGAUCAAAAAACAAUGGUCUAACUGAUUCAACUCUAUUCGUACAUGUUCAAAUUGAAGGCUAUAAAGAGGAUGAUUAUGUAACACGUCUAUAG